AUGGUUCUGAUAUACCCAUACUCUUUAUCUUGCUUACAGUGCGAGAGUAGUGAGGACUGGGGACCUUUGUCCCAGUACUUUGAUUUCACUCCUUGCUUCUUGUAUGGUGCUUUAUUCAAUGCAUUGAGCAUUUUCGGCUUAGUGGCUGGUUCCUAUGUAUUGUACCAGUUAAUCUUCAGAAACUCUACUACACUUAGUAAUAAUACCUAUAAGCCAGACGCGUUUGUGAUCUCAAGAUUUGCUUUGAUUGUUUUCCAAUUCCUUUUGAAGUUCUUCUUGGUGGCAAUUGAUAAUGGUGAAUACUACUUAUCAUCCGAGCUUAUCAAGUUUGAGUCCUUCUUUGAAUUGAUUGUAUUAUUUGUCAUCAUUUUACCUUUGACUUAUUUAGAUUUCAAGAAGCUACAAACCAGUUCUGCAGUGUUGUUGAUCUACUGGCUCGCUGGUUCUUUGCUCCAUUUUUUCAAAGUUUUCAACUUGAGUGUCAGAUACUUCUAUCAAUCCCAUUCCUUGCAAUUAGUUGAUGACUUGUUUAUUACCAAGAUUAACGUGACUCUCACCGUAUUAACAUUCAUUAACUCCGUUUUUAUCUUGAUCACUCAAUCAGUUCCAAAGAAGAUGACCCCGUCCACCACCUUGGGUAGUUUCUUGAUAUUUCAAAAGGAAAAGGAGAAUCCAUUGGACUCGGCCAACGUUCUUUCUAUACUUUACUUUGGAUGGAUGACAAAGUUGAUGAAAUUGGGCUACAGCAAAUAUUUGACAUUGAACGAUUUGCCAAACUUGCCAAAAGGGUUUGAAAAUGGUUUGGUCACUACAAGUUUGGCUGAACAUUAUGAAAAAGAAAUCGCCAAUUUCAAGGCAAAGAAGUCUAAGCAUGUGUCUUUAUUCAAAUGUAUCUUGAAAAGUUUUGGCUAUAAUGUAUUCAUCGCUGCUUGCUUCAAGUGCGUCUCUGAUGUGUUAAAUUUCACUCAACCCCAACUAUUGAAAGCUUUGAUCAAAUUUGUUAAUGAUUUUAAUAGUGAACCAGACGACAUUAGACCUCCUUUGAUCAAGGGUUUUGCUAUUGCCUUUGGUAUGCUUUUCGUGUCGAUUAUUCAAGGUUGUUGCAUCAAUCAAUAUUUUUUCAACACUUAUAGUUCCGGAAUCAAAAUCAAAUCCUCAUUAAUUGGUUUCAUUUAUGACAAGUCAUUAGUGUUGUCACCAGAAUCCAGAAAUAAGAAAUCGACCGGUGACAUUGUCAACUUGAUGUCUAUUGAUACCCAGAGAAUCCAAGAUAUUACUGAGUUUGGUCAGGUCAUUUGGUCUGCGCCAUUUCAAAUCAUUUUAUGUUUAAUUUCAUUGUACCGUAUCUUGAAGAAUUCAAUGUGGUUUGGGUUUGCAAUUAUGGCAAUUAUGGUUGUUGUUAACACUUCGUUGGUGAGAUUCCAAAAGAAAUUACAAAAGAAGCAAAUGAAAUUCAAAGAUACCAGAAUUAAGGUCAUUUCAGAAAUUUUGAGUAAUAUCAAAUCGCUUAAAUUAUAUAAUUGGGAAAACCCUUACAGAGCUAAAUUAGACCAUUGGAGAAAUGAUAAGGAACUCAAAAACAUGGCACAAAUUUCUGUCUUCAAGGCAAUCAAUAUGUCUAUGUGGAAUAUGAUCCCAUUCUUUGUUAGUUGUUCUACCUUUAUUGGCUUUAUCAAGAUUUACGACCAGCCUUUGACAACCGAUAUUGUCUUCCCAGCCUUGGCCUUGUUUAACUUGUUAGGUUUCCCAUUAAAUGUUAUUCCUAAUGUCAUCACCGCUAUCAUAGAUUGUGGUGUCUCCUUAGAUCGUCUUAAUGAAUUCUUGCAGUUAGAUGAAUUGGACCCAAAUGCUGUUAUCCGUAUGGGAAAAGUUAAGAAAAUGGGUGAAGAAGUGGUGAAAUUUGACAACUGCUCGUACUCUUGGAACAAAUUCAACCAACGUUACUCUGACGCUGACACCGAUGCUAACAAUAGCAACAACUACUUGGCCCUCAAAAAUAUCAACUUUGUUGCGAAAAAAGGUGAACUUUCUUGUGUCAUUGGUAAAGUCGGUUCUGGUAAAUCUUCAUUCAUUAAAUCGAUGCUCGGGGAUUUGUACAAAUAUCAAGGUCAAUUGAGUAUUCAUGGGAAAGUUGCCUAUGUGUCUCAAGUGGCUUGGAUUAUGAAUGGUACUAUCAAAGAAAAUAUUUUAUUUGGCCACAAGUAUGAUCCUAUACUUUAUGAAAAGGUGCUUUUCGCUUGUGAUUUGAAUGUUGAUUUGAAGAAUUUUGUUGAUGGUGAUCUUACCCAAGUCGGUGAAAAAGGUAUCUCCCUAUCCGGUGGUCAAAAGGCAAGACUCUCUUUGGCCAGAGCUAUUUAUGCGGGUGCUGAUUUGUAUCUUUUAGAUGACCCAUUGGCUGCCGUUGAUGAACAUGUUGGAAAACACUUGAUCGAUCAUGUGUUUGGUGAAAAAGGGAUGUUGCAUCAUAAAUGUAAAGUGUUGGUUACCAACUCUGUUCAUUUCUUACAUAUUGCCCACAACAUUUCCAUGUUAGAAGAUGGGGAAAUUAUUGAACAGACCUCUACAAAAGCCUUGAAUGAAAUGACCGAUGAACAACGUUCUACUUCUAAAAUUUCCCAAUUGAUUGAACAAUUUGGUAAAAAAAAAGUUGACGGUUCCUCAGAGACUGAAGAUGAAGAAUCGUCUGUUAACGAAGAUGCAAAUAAAGAAGAGGAGUCCUCAGAUAACGGAGAUCAAGAUGAUGUCAAGACUUUCAAGGGUCACGAAUUGGUUGAAGAUAAUGCCUCGAUUGAGAAUGACCUAUUAGAAAACAACGAUGCUGCCAGUUUGAGAAGAGCCAGUACAGCAACUAUGAAUGAUGCUGUGGUUACUUAUGAUGAUGAAAGGAACAAGACCUCAGAGGCCAGAAAGGAACAUAUGGAACGUGGUAAUGUCAAAUGGGAUGUUUAUUUGACUUAUGCUAACGCGUGCAAUCCAAGAUUUGUGGUGUUGUUUUUGUUUUUGGCGGUUAGUAAUAUGGGUUUGAAUGUCGCUGCCAACUAUUGGCUUAAAUAUUGGUCAGAACUUAACUCUAAAGAAGGUUAUAAUCCUCACGUGGUGAGAUACCUUCUGAUUUAUGCUUUAUUAGGGAUUUCUGGAAGUAUUACUUUGAUGAUUCAGUGUAUUAUUUUAUGGAAUGUUUGUGUUAUCAAGGGUUCUAAAAACUUACACAACCGCUUGGCUAAUGCUGUCAUUAGAGCUCCAAUGUCAUUCUUCGAAACCACUCCAAUCGGGAGAAUCUUGAACCGUUUCUCCAACGAUAUCAACAAGAUUGAUGAUGUUUUGGGUAGAGUUUUCCAAUCGUUCUUCCAACAAUCUAUCAAGGUUUUGUUCACCAUUUUGGUUAUUUGCUUUUCUACUUGGCAAUUUGUGUUGGUGAUUGUCCCAUUGAGUGUUUUAUAUAUCUAUUACCAACAAUACUAUAUGAGAACCUCUAGAGAAUUGAAGCGUUUGGAAUCUAUCACUAGAAGUCCAAUUUACGCCCAUUUCCAAGAAACAUUGAACGGUAUCACUACAAUCAGAGGGUUCGGACAAGAGAAUAGGUUUGUCAAACUUAAUGAAGUUAAAGUUGAUAAUAACUUGGAAGCUUACCAUUCAACAGUUAAUUGUAACCGUUGGUUGGCAACCAGAUUGGAUUUCUUGGCUUCGCUAGUUAUUUUCAGUUCUGCUGCCUUGCCAAUGUUUGGCUUAGCUUCUGGUAAAGUUAGUGCUGGUUUGAUUGGUUUGAGUGUGAGUUAUGCUUUACAAAUUACUGGGUCUUUGAAUUGGACUGUUAGAAUGACUGUUGAAGUGGAAACAAAUAUUGUUUCUGUCGAAAGAAUUGAAGAAUAUUCUAAGUUAGAACCAGAAGCUCCAGAAGUAAUUGAAUCCAAUAGACCUGCCGAUGCUUGGCCUACAGAAGGUGCCAUUGAGUUCAAGGGCUAUUCUACUAGAUAUAGAAAAGAAUUGGACUUGGUGUUGAAGAACAUCAGCUUGAAAAUCAACCCAAGAGAAAAAAUUGGUAUUGUUGGAAGAACUGGUGCAGGGAAAUCUUCACUAACUAUGGCUUUGUAUCGUAUUAUUGAGCCAGCUGAAGGUGAAGUGGUAAUUGAUGGGAUGUCCACAUCGGCCAUUGGACUUGCGGAUUUGCGUAGGAAAUUGUCUAUUAUCCCACAAGAUGCACAAGUCUUUGAAGGUACUAUCCGUGACAAUUUAGAUCCAACUAGCUCGUUUGAUGACAAAAAGAUCUUGAAGUCCAUUGAAUUAUCCCAUAUGAAACCCCAUCUCCUAAAAAUGAUUGAUGAACAGAACGCUGCUUCUCCAGAUACCAAGAUCAAUGAUUUGUUGAGUGUGAGAGUCACAGAGAACGGGGGUAACUUAUCUGUUGGUCAAAAGCAAUUGAUGUGUUUAGCCAGAGCGUUAUUAAUUCCAUCUAAAAUUUUAGUGUUGGACGAGGCUACUGCUGCAGUUGACGUGGAAACCGAUAAGAUUGUCCAAGAGACUAUCAGAAAAGAGUUUAGCGAAAGAACCAUUUUGACUAUUGCUCAUAGAAUCAACACUAUAAUGGAUAGUGACCGGAUCUUGGUGCUUGAAAAGGGUGAGGUUGCGGAGUUUGAUAAACCUGAAGUAUUAUUGCAGAAUCAUGAUCUGAUCUUCUACUCUCUUGCCAAACGUGGUGGUUUAGUAGAGUGA